AUUUCAACAGAUAAAUGACAAGUGGUGAUGAGGUGGAAAUAUCUAACUCCCUGAAAACCACAAAUCUCUUCUUUCAACGACUUUGCAGUUUGCUCAUUAACAGUACAAAGUUAAAAGAUGUUUCUGGUAUCACCUUCAUCACUAUCCAUAAACAGAAUGAGAGCUUCUCCGAUCAAAUCCAUGGCAGCAGUUAACAGAAAUAGUAGUUCCGGCGUUGUCACAGCGGCUCCGCCGCACCGGAGAAACAACACGUCACCUCUCGAAGCUCGAAUCUCCCUCAUCUUCGCUCUUGCCUCUCAAACAACUUCUCUUUCUCACAAACUUCUGACGGAAUUGGCGGGUGAAACGGCGAAAUAUGUGUUUCCAAAGAGGAUAUUUGAAAGUCGGAAUUUGGAGGAAGCUUUGAUGUCUGUGCCGGAUUUGGAGACAGUUAAAUUCAAGGUUUUGAAACGCUGUGAUCAGUAUGAGAUAAGAGAAGUUGAGCCUUACUUUGUUGCUGAGGUUACAAUGCCUAGCAAGUAUGGGUUUGACUUUAAUGGUGCAUCUCAAUCCUUCAACACAUUGGCUGAGUACUUGUUUGGUAAGAACACGAAGAAGGAGAGCAUGGCAAUGACAACACCAGUAAUCACCCGUAGAACUCAAUCUGAAGGGGUAAGGAUGGAAAUGACUACUCCAGUGAUAACUAAAAGGGCGGAAGAUCAGGAAAAGUGGAGGAUGUCCUUUGUCAUGCCCUCCAAGUAUGGUUCGGACUUGCCACUACCAAAGGAUUCCUCUGUAACUAUCAAAGAGGUGCCUAGGAAAACCGUUGCAGUUGUUGCUUUUUCAGGUUUUGUGAACGACGAAGAUGUUAAAGCUCGAGAAUCAAGACUUCGAGCUGCGUUAAAGGGAGAUGCAGAGUUUAAUGUAAAAGAUGGUGCCUUGGUAGAAGUCGCACAGUACAAUCCUCCUUUUACUCUUCCAUUCACUCGUCGGAAUGAGAUUAGCCUGGAAGUUGAAAGGAAACAGGAAUAGCUAGUCAGUUUGUAGUAUAUUGCAGAUAAAUCCGCUCACUAAUGUAUAGAACCAGUGAAGCAAAACUUCACCAGUAUACAUACGUAUAUGUCAUAUAUGGUGUUAAUAUAUUGUAUUAAUAUACUCCUUGUAUAUAUACAUGUCAGACGAUUAUUUGGCCUUUUGAUCAGGACUGAAAUGGUUAUGUACAUGCACAGAAAUGCACAGGCCUCGUACGUAUUGCUUCUGCUCUAAAAAUACAAUAGUAAGACAUUUUGUAUGUUGUACUCUUCAUAAUCCUCCAUUUGUAUCUAUAUUAUGGGAAUAUUAUUCAUUUAGUGGAGCUGAUCUAUGUUUGAAUUUUAGAUAA